CGUGAUCGGCGCCACACGAUUGGUCGAUUGAGAGGCAGGGGCGGGGCCUGGUUCCUGCAGCGGGGCGACAAGGGGACGCGGCCAAAGCCCGGGAAGCUGCUGCGGGGCAAUGGCCGUACCGAGCCCAGGUCCCCGUGAGGCCCUGGCCCCCUCCCCAGAGGCUGGAAGAAGAGGAGCCACCUCAAGCUCCAGCCGCCGCCGCCGAGGCCUCCUUUGGCGCCUGCGGGACAGGCAGACCCGCCUGGGACUGUUUGAGAUAGGCCCGAGGCAUGAGCUCCACGGCUUGAUGACCAUGAUGCAAGCUGGGCUGUGGGCUGCCACCCAGGUCUCCGUAGACCGCCCACCCACGGGACUGCCCACACAGGAAGACUUUUCAGAGGUUCUGACCCAGGUUCAUGAGGGCUUCGAGCUGGGCACCCUGGCCGGUCCGGCCUUUGCACGACUGCGACGCUCCCUGGGCCUGGCGGAAGAGGACUAUCAGGCCGCGCUGGGCCCCGGUGGCCCCUACCUGCAGUUCCUCAGCACCUCCAAGAGCAAGGCCAGCUUCUUCCUGUCCCAUGACCAGCGCUUCUUUCUCAAGACCCAGCGGCGCCGGGAGGUGCGGGUGCUGCUCGCCCACCUGCCCCGCUACGUGCAGCACCUGCAGCGGCACCCACAUUCGCUGCUCGCACGGUUGCUGGGAGUGCACAGUCUGCGGGUGGCCCAGGGAAAGAAGAAGUACUUCAUCAUCAUGCAGAGCGUCUUCUACCCUGCCGGCCGCAUCGCUGAGAGGUAUGACAUCAAGGGCUGCGAGGUGAGCCGCUGGGUGGAGCCCGCCCCUGAGGGCAGCCCCAUUGUCCUGGUGAUGAAGGACCUCAAUUUUCAGGGCAAGACCAUGAACCUGGGGCCGCAGCGGAGCUGGCUCCUCCGUCAGAUGGAACUGGACACCACCUUCCUGCGGGAACUCCGGGUGCUGGACUACAGCCUCCUCCUGGCCUUCCAGCAACUCCAUGAGGACGAACAGGGCCAGGGAGGCAGUGUCAUCUUCCGGGUGGCCAGGUCUAUGCUUGGGGCGCAGAGCCCAGACGAGCAGAGCUCCCAGAAUCGCCGGUUGCUGCCCGACGGCCCCAAUGCUCUGCACGUCCUGGAUGGGCCCGAGCACCGCUAUUUCCUGGGCCUGGUGGACCUCGCAACUGUCUAUGGGCUUCGUAAGCGGCUGGAGCAUUUAUGGAAGACGCUGCGUUACCCAGGUCGGACCUUCUCCACCGUCAGCCCAGGCUGCUAUGCCCAGCGCCUCUGCCAGUGGGUCGAGGCACACAGCGAGUGAGCAGUGCCUGGCCUCAGUCUCCCCAUCCAGACAAUGGGCGAUCGCCAGGAGUUCUGGUGCCCACUGCACCCAUACAUCUUGCCUGCUGUUCCGCCAGAGGCCAACAGAGGGCAGCGCCCUCCAACCAGUGCGAUGACCGUUGAGGGUGGAGCUGUGCCCCGCACUGUCCAGAGGAUGCCCUGCAUUCGCUCUUGUAAAAAUGCUGUUAUUCUCUUUUUACAGACCACGACAUGGAGGCUCAGGGGUGAAGGGACUGAGCACCAUCGUGCAACACUAAUGCUGGGCCAGGCUCUACCUUGCCUUGUGGCCCCAGGAGUCGGUGUUUUUAGUCCUGGACCCCUGCAGUCCCAGCCUCACAAUCUGGGGCAGGCAGAGGCUAAAGGCUCCGCCCCUGGUCGUCCAGAUGGGGAAACUGAGGCCCAGAGUCUUUAAGGGGCUUAUGCAUGGGUAAGUGGCAAGGCCCCAAGGACUCAGGCCUCCUGAUGCUCACAGGGCCCUACCAUCUCCCUCUAGGAUGCACCCCUACCUUGGGGUGUGGGUGGUAGAGGGUGGGCAGUGGCUUCCGGCAGCUCUGGGAGGCUCUCCAGUGAGCUCUGUCCUUUGAGAGUCACUUUUCCCAUGUGUGAAAGAUGGCAGGAAGUCACGUAUGGUGAUGGCACAUGCCUGUAACCUCAGCACUCAGGAGGCUGAGGCAGGAGGACCACAGCUUUGGGGCACGGUCAGUGGUCAGCUGCCAAGACCCGAAGGAGCCCCAUCGCCCCUCACCAACCCUUUUCCCCCCACCAGAAAAUGUCAGCCUGGUCUCUGAUCCCAAUCCAAAGUCCCAUCCACCUAUGCCCAAGGGGACCUCUGCUUCGGAUCUGCCCCAGAGCCUGGCUGUGUGACCAGGGCAAGGUGCUAAAGCCCUCUGUGCCUCUAGGUCUUCAUGCACAGUGGAAAGGAUGAAAAUGGACCUCGUCAACCUAUUAAAUAUUUACUGAGCA